GUAAGCUUCCAGUAAUCAACUGUGUCGCUAACACCAAAGUCAUUUGUAUUUUGUUUAAUAAAGCAAGUGAUCUCUUUCUCAGUGAAUACCGACUGAAUAAUAAUAUCAUUUUGCCUUAUCGGAUUCAAUACAAUGAAAUUAUUGCUUUUAAUACACAUCUUCUAUCUUUCCUCUGUAUUUUGCAAAUUUCACUUGCCGAAUACUUCGCAACCCAAUAAUUAUGAACUAUUUCUUCACAUCGAUGUGGAUGGAGGCAUUUUCAAUGGCACGGUUAAAAUUAAUUUAAAUGUCUCGGAACCCACUGACAGAAUUUCCCUAAACUACAAAGAUAUCAUCAUUCACACGGAAAGUGUUGAUUUCAAAGAUGACAACUCCAAUACUUAUAAUCUGAGGGAAGCUAUAUACAACGACACUUCAGAAAUUGCUGAAUUUAUCUUUGAUGAACUCCAGCCAGGAACUUACAAUUUUUACGUAGCGUUUGACGGAUUCAUUCGAAAUGAUUUGAAAGGGCUGUACAUGAGCUACUACUGGACAGAGGAUGGCCAGCAACAUCAAGCUGCUACGACAUUUCUAGCAUCGAUUUAUGCUCGAAUGAUCUUUCCUUGUUAUGAUGAACCACACUACAAGGCCAUUUUUACAGUGAGUGUAGUUCAUUCAAUGAAAUAUCAUGCUCUCUCAAAUUCUCUUCCUUACGCACCACCAGAAAAUAUUAUACCUGGAUUAAUGCAAACGAACUUCAGGCCAACUCCCAAGAUGUCAACUUAUCUUUUAGCCAUAAUUGUAUCUGAUUAUGUUGGGAAUUCAAAUGCAGAAGGAAACUUUACUGUAUAUUCUCAACCAGAGCAGACCUUCAUGACAAACUAUGCCCUGAGCUUUGGUCAGCAAUCUUUGAAAAAGCUGGAAGAGUAUUUCGGAUCACCGUACCAAAUGUCCAAGUUGGAUUUAGUGGCAUUUGAUGAUUUUCUCAUGGGAGCUAUGGAAAAUUGGGGACUUAUAACAUUUCUGAGCAGUCGUCUCCUGUACGAUGAGGCUUCUGUAACAACAAGGACUCUGCAACAGAUGUCAUCAACGAUCACGCAUGAAUUGAUUCAUCAAUGGUUUGGAAAUGAAGUAACAGCUCAGUGGUGGUCUGAGAUAUGGCUCAAUGAAGGAUUUGCCACACUGUACCAAGAUCUUAUUACAGAUCUAUUGUAUCCAGAUUGGCAGUUAAUGGAUCAAUUUGUCGUUCACACAAUUCAAAAUUCAAUGGGACGUGAUGCUAGUCUUACAGCAAAGAGCAUGAAUGGAGAUAUUGUAAGUCUUCAAGAUAUUUGGGGUGUUUAUAGUUACAUUCCAUAUCAGAAAGCUGCUAGUAUUCUUCGUAUGGUUCAUAGUGUUGUAACAGAUGAUAUAUUCAAAAGUGUAAUUAAAAGUUACAUACAAGAAAUGAGCUACGAGGCAGCCAUUCCUCAAAAUCUAUAUGAUCAGUUCUCUCAACAAGUUUCCGUAGUAAAUAUUGAAGAUUUCUUCAAAAGUUGGGUUGAAAAUCCUGGAUUUCCACUUAUUACGAUAAAGCGUACUUACAACGUUGACAACAACAGCAUUCUAAGAAUUUCUCAAAAACGUUUUAUUGCAAGCGAUGACCUGAUAAAUAUUCCUGAUACUAAAUACUACGUUCCAGUUAAUUUUGCAACUGCCAAAAACCCCGACUUCACAAAUACUCAAGCUGAAUACUUCAUAACUCCUUACGUUUCGGAAAUUACUGUAGAAUUGAAUAACGAAAACUACAUUGAUGACACGCAGUGGAUAAUUGCCAAUAAGAAAGCUACCUACUACUACCGAGUUAACUAUGAUGAGGAAAACUGGAGGUUAAUCAUAACUGCUCUCAAUAAUGACCCAAGUAUAAUAGCAACAGCAAAUCGAGCACAACUUCUCGAUGAUGCUUUCACUUUGGCCAAGUAUGGUCAAUUGUCGUACAAGAUUGCUUUGGAUUUAGCAAGCUAUCUUCGUCUUGAAACGGAAUACUUACCAAUAACAGUUGCCAUUAAACAUCUCACAGGAUUAGACCAAAUUAUCAGAGGAACCAAUAUUCCAUUUAGGGACUUCUUGAGAGACAUCUUUUCUGAUCUUUACAAAAGAGUUACUCUGAAAGAAAAUAGAAAUGAUCCUCACCUGUUGAAACUCAUGAGAAGUGAAGUAACGAAAUUUGCCUGUGAUCUUGAAGUCGAAGACUGUGUUGCGGAUGCAUCAAAUCAAAUUGCUAUAAAUGAAAUUCCUCCUAAUACCCGUCCUGCAAUUUUCUGUGGCUAUCUAAGAGGAACAGCUCAAACUAGCUGGCCUAUUGACAUUCUUCACACCAAACUGUCUGAUAUUGUGCAAUCUGAAAGAACUCGACGGAAAUAUUCUCAGGAAUUGGAAGAUAUUCGUUUGUCGUUUGCCUGUGUUAAUAGUCAAUCACUGAGAUUGUCUAUUCUUCAAAUGACGCUGGAUGAUAUGAAUAUUAAUCUUCUUUCAAGUGAUUUCAAUACCAUAUUUUCGUCUCUUCUACUCUCUGGGGAAUAUGGCGUUACAGAUGCAUUGGAAUUCUUUGAGAAAUCUUGGAAUCGCAUUGAAGAAAAAUACGAAUCACUGGGCAGAACAAUCCAAGCACUUGGAGAACAAAUAAAAACUGUUGCGGAAUUAGAUUUGUUCAAAAAAAUCAUUGAGGAAAAAAUUUAUACGUAUCAAAAUAUUACUCCGGGAUUACGGAAUAUUGCUGAAGCAGCAAUUGCGAAAGGAGAAGAAAACAUCGCAUGGCUCACCAAAUAUUCACCUGUUAUCGGCGAAUGGAUUGAGCAAUACAAGUCUGGGGCCAAUUUGAUGAAAUCAUCCAUCAUAAUCAUAAUAAUUGGUCUCUUUCUACCGAUCUUGGGCAAUAAAAUACAGAGUGUUUUCUGAAAAUGCAAAUUAUCCUGAUAUUGCUAUCUCUUUGCAAUUUGACUGUAUUGAAGUAUUUUAUGGUACAUUGAUUAGAUAAAUAAUUCCAAAAUAGGUAUGUUAUACAUUUCUUGAAGUCGCUGAUUUUGUAAUUCAUAAAGAAAAUGUUAUAAUUAAAAGAAUUUUAUACAUGUUCAGUA